AUGGCGUACGUCGACUCCAUCGCGAGCUACUUGGUGGUCGACACGGGGGACAUGGCGCUCCUGCAAACCCUCCUGUCCAAGCCCAACCUCGACGUCAACGCCACCGACAAGGAAGAGCGCACGGCGCUGACACGUGCGAUCGCCAAGAACAACGUUGUAGCGGUGUUCGUGCUGCUAAAAGCCAACGCCAGUGCGACCUUGGUGAACAAAGAGGACGGAGCCACCGCACUGCACGUGGCUGCUGCCAACGGCCACGACACCAUCGCUGCGCUGCUGCUGGCCAAGGACCCGUCCCUCUCUUGUCGCAGCGACCAUCGAGGCAAUCUGCCGCUGCACCUUGCGGCCGCCAACGGUCACUUGACCGUCGUCGAUCACCUGCUCAAGGAUGCGACCAACAGCAGUGGUCUCGACUGCACCAACAACGAGGGGAACACACCCCUUGGUGUCGCUAUCACGAGCGGCCGCGCGGCCAUUGUGGCUCGUUUGCAUCAAGCCAGCAACGGCAGCAAGAGCCCGGUGGCCAACGCGUCCUUACCACGCCAGAGCGCAGUGGCCCCAACCAAGAUGAUGACCUUUUUGAUGGCCGAGGCAGGGCAAUUAGAGGUGCUUGAAGGACUACUCGCCGAAUGUCCCGAGCUGCUAUCGGCCGUCAAUGAUUACGGCAUGACGUUGCUCAUGCUCGCAGCCGCCAAGCACCAUACCGCAGUAGUCGAGAUGCUCCUUGCGCUGCUGGUUCCCGCGCCUGAGGCCGCCGCGACGUACCCGACCGUAAUGACGCGCUGCGCCCUACUCGAGGCAGCCCUCGCGCACAUGCAGCAGUGCAACAAGGCUCAAGUGUCGGUGCUAAAGCUUGCAAGCGGCGACGUGCGGACGCGACUCGAAGCGUUUCUCAUGGAUGUUCAAGCGGAGCUCACGAACGACCGAAGUGAAGUGGCGACCAAGGAGCGCACGCUCACGAAUGCUGUCGUUCUCGGUCAAUGGACGACAGUCCAGGCGCUCCUUUACGAGGGCGUCCCGUAUAAGGACAUGGACAAGAUUGUGGGCCAGGCCGUCGCGACGGACAACGCAGCGCUACUGCGAGCCCUUCUUCUCCGCGCCGAUGACGCGACCAAAAGCAAGGUAUGCGAGACGGUGUUGCCGGCCGCCGUGGCCAUGAACAAAGUCCGGCUGGUCGGGCUACUCCUGCAGAUCGCUGCCAGUCUUGCCGAUGGCGUCUGUGGGAUGAACACCACGCUUCUGCACAUGGCCGUCAAGCAAGACCAUGCGACCUUGCUGACGCUCUUGGCUGCAAGUUCCCUUGUCGACAUGAACGCCAAAAACGAAGACGGGUACACGGCGCUGGCGCUGGCCGUCCUGUGCAAGCGCAGUCACCUCGUUGACGUUCUCUUGAGCCUUGGCGCUGACCCUUCGUGGCCGCUGCCAGAUGGUUCUCCGUUGGUAGUAGCCGCGGUGCAAGGUCUCCCAGAGACCCUCGCGAUCCGAGACGCGCUGCUCGCAGCUUACGGGAUUUUCUUGGAUAAUGCCGACCCGGACGGUCUCAACAAGGCCCUCGUGCAAGCUGUGCGUCGAGGCCGCGAAGAUACCGUGCGCUGCCUCUUGGAGUUGGGCGCGGACGUGUGGACCAUGCAACCGGAGCAAAAGGGGAUGACGCUUCUCGCUGUGGCCAUCCAGCACGGCCAUGACGCCAUUGCGCAAGAGCUCUACCCGCACCUCUAUCCAGGUGUCGCGGUGGCGUCGACCGACGAAUUGACGGUCGAAGUGAGCAUUUUCACAAGCCACACCGUGACGGUUCACAAGGGCACGUACUUGGGCAAGGACGCGGUCUUGAAAGGCUCCAAGUUUGCGAAUGCGCGCCUGAUCAAGACCAUGUAUCGAGAAGUCGAGAUUAUGAAAACGCUCACGUCGCCGUACCUCCUGCCGCUGCUCGCAGUCCUCGACAAUGGCUCGCUGAAGCCGCACGCCGUCAAGCCGCGGAGCCAGCUGUUUAGCCCGACCAUGAUCACAGAGUACAUGGACCAAGGCGAUUUGUUCCAGUACCUCCAGCACAAACAGCACGGAGUAGACUUGGAGAUGGAGCUCUCGACCAUUGAGGUCGCACUGGCCGUGGCCAUGGCGCUGGCCGACCUGCACCGCCGCAACGUGGCCCACCGCGACGUCAAGAGUCUCAACAUCUUCCUCUCGAAGACGUACUACGUCCGGCUCGGCGACCUGGGCUCGGCGCGGAUGCUCGAUGGUGACAACUUCACGUCCAACGUCGGCACCAAGUUUUGGAUGGCACCCGAGGUGCUCCGGGUGCCAGAUCUUGCAGGGCAAGGCCGUGCGUACACGACGGCCGCCGACAUUUACUCGUUUGGCGUCGUCUUGACCGAGCUCGAUACGCUCUGUGAGCCGUACUCGGAUCUCGUCGAUCGCAGCAACAUUGAAGCCCAGGUCCGCACGGGGCUGCUGCGCCCAACCAUGAGCGCGACGUGCCCGCGCUGGCUCCAGGACCUCGCAGACAAGUGUCUGGCGUUCAACCCGACGGAGCGCCCGACAGCGGAAGCGAUUGUGACUGAGCUCCUCCUGCGCCGCAAGACUGGCAAUGACGAUGACGCGCCGACGAGCAGUCUGCUUGAGAAGGCGACGACGAUGACGCGCACCAACGUCAAGGGGCUGCCGACGAUCUCGGAAGGCUCCAAUAACAGCAGCGAGGCUGCGUAAGGCGCUGAUAACGCACGGGCCUCUGUAUAUCGCU